UUCAUUCUGCAGCUCAGACAUACAGUCUACACACUACUGCAGGCUCACGCUAAGGGGUUUUACAGUCAAGGCAGAGUGCAUUUUAUUUUAUUCCAUGACACCACCUGUAAAUCCAUACAAUUAAAUCAGCGAGAGAAAAGACGAGGAAGAGUUUGCAUUGGUGUGGACCCCACCUAUCAUUACCGCUUUAAGAAAAAGCUUUCUGGGAUUUCAACCUGAGCAGGUUGAUUUAAAGCAAGGAUCAGAAUCUUCUAUGUACGAAGGAUAUAGGAGGAAGCUGGUGGACGUGCGCACGUGAAAAUCUCUAUGUGAAUUCAGAAUUCUGAGACCCACUGGAAACAUCUUACAGAUAAAAACCAUGUAUGUGUCCUGGAGGCAGACACUGUGCAUGCUCACUAGGGGAGAGAGCUUACCGUCUUGAAGGAUUAAACCUGGACAGGACACAGGAGAAGGAUAUACAGAGCUGCAGAGUCGAUUUUCUAUAGACAGUUGUAUAUGCUUUAUCCAGACCUAGGAAGAAUUCACCCACUGUGUUUAGUUGGACUAAUGAUUCUUCAUGGAGACCUGUAGAGGGAACGACUGGGCCUGGCAUUAAGAGUGGUAUGAGAUCUGUGUUUCUGCUUAUACAAUGCACCGUCAAGAUUUCCUCUUUGAUUGUCUUUUCGCGUUUUUUGAGUGCCCAUAAAGAAUUAUCGAGUAGAUCGUUAGUUCAUAUUUUAGGGGCUUCACCUCUGUUCCCAUACACUUUUUUUCAUGAUGUGCCUGGAAGCAUAUUCUGCUCACAAGAAACAUGACCGUUGCCUCUGACCCAUGCUCAGUCCCGCAGGAGUGGGCAAAUCAUAGACCUAUGGCAUGUGUGUGCCCUCAGGGCCUCACCAGGGGCAUAGCCUGGUUAACUACCCCUGGUUUAUUUUUCCUAUUGCUGCUGUUGCCUCUGAUACUGGGCCUUCCUAAAUAUUUUCCACAUAGCAACUGUUCCGUUUCACUUGUACAGGAAGACCCCAUCAGUGCACAUUGCCCAUCAAAUCCAACUCUUCAGUUUUCCUGGACCUGCAUUGAUCCUUUGCCUCAAAACAUUCCAUCUAUCCUGUUUAUUUCCAGCCAGGUCAGUGCCCAUGUCCCUUCAUGUCCACAUGAACACCUACAUAUUAUCACUACACUGCAUCUCAGAUCUGCACCCUAUGGUGAGCCAAAUAAAUUAUGCCUAAACCCUGGAUUGACAUUGCUGCCUCUCCCCUCUGUGCAGCCAGCACCAUGGGGUAAAUGCCAAUUCCAAUGUCAAACUGUGGGCAGCCCUGGGGCAACAGUACGGCACAACAUUCUGAUAACCACUCGCCAUCUCUGCCUGACUCAGCAGCACCCAUUAGAAAUGAAGCUGCAGUGCCAACCAUGUACUAAGCAAGGAGAACAUAUAGUUCACUGGAAGGUAAUGCUGCCACAAUUGGUUAAGCAGACAGUCAAAGGUUUAGCGAUGCUCAGGGGUAAACGAAAUGUAAACACAAGUCCUCAAUUCCAGACACCAAGUUACCAAGUAUCAGUGCCUGAAAAUAAGCCUGCUGGGACUUUUGUUGUGCAGCUGAGGGCUAGUGAUCCAGAUGAAGGAGCUGCUGGGCGAUUAGAGUUCUCCAUGGAUGCCCUUUUUGAUAGUCGCUCUGCCAGCUUUUUCUCACUGGAUCCAAGUAGUGGAGAAGUGACCACAGCAGAUGAACUAGACAGAGAAACCAAGAGUACCCAUGUUUUUAGAGUGACUGUCAGUGAUGCAGGUGUCCCCCGCCGAACAGCGAUGGCCACCCUCACUGUCUCAGUCAGUGACACAAAUGAUCAUGACCCAACCUUUGAACAACCAGAAUACAGAGAGAGUGUACGAGAGAACAUGGAGGUUGGCUAUGAGGUGAUGACUGUUCGUGCCACAGAUGGAGACUCUGUCAUAAAUGCCAACAUUGCCUACCGUUUGGUAUCUGGAGCUGGUGAGGCUUUUGAAAUCGAUCAUCGAUCGGGGGUCAUUCGGACAAGAGGCCCUGUGGACCGUGAGUCUGUGGCUUUCUACGAAUUACUUAUUGAAGCUGAUGAUCAAGGACGUGAACCUGGGCCUCGCAGUUCCACUGCCACUGUGCACAUUUCUGUUGAAGACGAAAAUGACAAUGCCCCCCAAUUUACUGAGAAGCGCUAUGUGGCACAUGUAGCAGAACACAUUUCCACUGACUCACAGCUUCUUGUUGUGACUGCUACUGACCGUGACCAAGGAGCAAAUGCUGCAGUACACUACAGUAUCUUGAGUGGAAAUGCUCGUGGUCUUUUCUCCAUUGAUCCACAGACUGGUGCAAUAUUUCUUGCUGGCACACUUGAUUUUGAGACAGGGAGAGAGCACACACUAAGGGUACGGGCACAAGAUGGAGGGAGACCCCCAUUAUCCAACGUAACUGGUUUGGUCAGUAUUCAGGUGCUGGAUGUAAAUGACAAUGCACCAGCUUUUGUCAGUGGUCCUUUCCAAGCUGCAGUGUUGGAGAAUGCUCCUUCUGGUUACUCUGUCUUACAGGCUCAGGCACUGGAUGCAGACUCUGGCGAAAACUCAAGGCUUGAAUAUCGUCUAACAGGAGAAUGUGGACCUUUCUCAAUAAACAAUAGCACUGGUUGGAUAAUUGUGCAGACAGAACUGGAUAGGGAAGAAGUGGAGUUUUAUAGCUUUGGCGUGGAGGCAAGAGAUCGUGGUCAGCCACCUCUGUCCUCUUCAGCUUCAGUAAGUGUGCAGGUUCUAGAUGUCAAUGAUAAUACUCCGGAAUUCACUCAACACGAAUACCAGGCACGUCUUAAUGAAGACGCAGCUGUUGGUACAAGUGUUCUGACUGUAUGGGCAGUGGAUAGGGAUGCUCAUGCUACUAUCACCUACCAGAUCACUUCUGGAAAUGUUCGUCAUCGCUUCUCUAUCUCAAGUUUAGCUAGUGGUGGUGGUCUUUUAACACUUGCUCUACCUCUUGACUACAAACUUGAACGUCAGUUUGUGCUUACUAUAACAGCAUCAGAUGGGAUGAGAUCAGAUACUGCACGAGCUGUGGUGAAUGUUACAGAUGCCAACACGCAUCGACCUGUCUUUCAGAGCUCCCAUUACACAGUCAGUGUGCGAGAAGAUCAACCAGCAGGAACCACUGUAGUAGUAAUCAGUGCCACAGAUGAAGAUACUGGUGAGAAUGCUCGCAUCACAUACUUGGCUGAAGAAGGUAUGCCACAGUUUGCCAUAGACCCAGACACUGGAGCAGUUACUACCACCAUGGAGCUAGAUUAUGAGGAUCAAGUCUCUUACACCUUAGCUGUGACAGCACGUGAUAAUGGCAUUCCUCAGAAAUCUGACACAACUUAUCUGGAAAUUCUGGUGACUGAUGUCAAUGACAAUCCCCCUGUCUUCCAAAGGGCAUCCUAUAGUGGCACUGUACCUGAGGAUGCCCCCCCUUAUACAAGUGUCCUACAGAUUUCUGCAACUGACCGUGACUCUGGUCUCAACGGAAGAGUCUUUUACACCUUUGCAGGAGGAGAUGAUGGGGAUGGGGACUUUACAGUGGAGUAUACGUCUGGUAUUGUCCGGACCCUAAGGCAACUGGACAGAGAGAAUGUUGUGCAGUAUAGACUAACUGCCUAUGCCAUUGACAAAGGGAUGCCUUCCCCACACCGUACUCCUACUGAAGUAGUAGUCACAGUCUUGGAUGUCAAUGAUAAUGCACCAGUGUUUGCCAAAGAUGAACUGGAAGUUAUGGUUUUAGAGAAUAGUCCCCUGGGACCACCACUAGCAAGAAUCACAGCUACUGAUCCUGAUGAAGGCCCAAAUGCACAAAUAAUGUAUCAGAUUGUGGAAGGAAACAUCCCAGAAGUUUUCCAGCUGGAUAUUUUCUCAGGGGAACUUACAGCACUUGUUGAUCUGGACUAUGAGCAGCGACCAGAAUAUGUUAUUGUGGUACAAGCCACAUCUGCUCCAUUGGUCAGCAGAGCAACAGUCAGAGUGCGCUUGGUGGAUGUCAAUGACAAUGCUCCAACUCUGAGUGACUUCAGAGUAGUCUUUAAUCAUUAUAUCGGUGGUGGUGGUGGCAGUUUCCCAGUGGGAGUAAUUGGGAAAGUUCCAGCACGUGAUCCUGACAUUAGUGACUCUUUAAACUUUACCUUCCUGAGUGGAAAUGAAUUAGGAUUGCUUCUGUUGAACACUAGCAGUGGGGAAUUAAGUUUGAGCCUUGACCUCGACAGCAACCGUCCUUUGGAAGCUACCAUGGAGGUGUCUGUUACAGAUGGCAUACACAGUGUUACAGCUCAGUGCACCUUACAGGUAGCAAUUAUUACAGAUGAGAUGCUUUCGCACAGUAUUACCCUUCGUCUCGGAGGAGUCUCUCAAUACCACUUCCUUUCACCUCUCAUGCCCCUCUUUAUGCGUGCUGUUGCCCAGGUACUUUCUAUACCACCACCUGGAGUGGUAGUCUUUAGUAUUCAGGAAGACAACGAGACUCCAUCACUAACCACUGGAAUCACCCCAGAUAUGCAGAUUCUGAAUGUCAGUCUCUUGGUCCAAGACCAUGAAGGGGAAUUUCUUCCAUCAGAGACACUCCGUGAGCUGUUGUACUUGAAUCGGACACUGUUGGCUGCUCUAGCACAGCAGCGAGUAUUGCCAUUUGAUGACAAUGUAUGUCUCCGGGAGCCUUGUCCUAACUACAUGCUGUGUGUAUCUGCCCUGCGAUUUGACAGCUCUGCUCCGUUUUUAGCCUCAGACACAUUACUUUUUCGCCCUAUCCUGCCAGUAGGAGGUUUGCGCUGCCGCUGUCCAAGGGGCUUUGCUGGUGAAUACUGUGAAACAGAGGUAGACCUAUGUUACACAGGACCGUGUGGAGAACAUGGCUUCUGCCAGAGUCAUGAAGGAGGCUUCACUUGCAAAUGUCAUGAAGGUUACACAGGACCGCAUUGUGAGAUUGCUCUGCGUUCUGCACGCUGCUCGUCAGGGCUCUGCAAGAAUGGUGGAGUAUGUGUGAACUUGCUGGUGGGAGGUUUCCACUGUGAGUGUCCUCCUGGUGCAUUCGAAUCUCCCCACUGUACAGUAACCACACGUGCUUUUAAUGGAGAAUCAUUUCUUACUUUUCGUGGCUUGAGACAGAGAUUUCACUUCACAUUGUCACUCAGCUUUGCCACCCGGGAGCGUAAUGGCCUACUACUGUAUAAUGGGAGGUUUAAUGGGAAACAUGAUUUCAUUGUCCUGGAGGUGACAGAUGAACAGGUCCAGCUCACUUUCUCAGCAGGUGAAUUUACAACUACAGUAUCCCCUUAUAUUUCUGGAGGCGUGAGUGAUGGUCAAUGGCACACUGUUCAUCUGCAUUACUAUAACAAGCCAAUUGUGGGAAAGUCUGGAGACCUGCAAGGACCCUCAGAGCAGAAGGUGGCAGUGGUAACAAUAGAUGAUUGUGAUACAACAAUGUCCCUCCACUUUGGAUCCAUUCUGGGGAACUACUCAUGUGCUGCACAAGGGAUGCAAUCUGGAACAAAGAAAUCGUUGGAUCUUACUGGUCCUCUGUUACUGGGGGGCAUUCCCAAUCUUCCUGAAGGAUUCCCAGUUACCCACAGAUACUUUGUGGGCUGUAUGAAAGACCUGGUGAUCGACAACAAAUCCAUGGAUCUGGAGGAAUAUAUAGCCAAUAAUGGGACUAUUACUGGUUGCCCUGCCAAGAGGAACCAAUGUGAGGUAGAGCGAUGUCAGCAUGGGGGGACAUGUGUAAAUCGCUGGGAUGGAUACUCUUGUGAGUGUGCUUUGGGCUAUGGAGGGAAAGAUUGUGAGCAAGAGAUGUUGUCUCCUUUACGUUUCCUGGGUGAUGGCAUUGUUCGGUGGGAAACUCUGGCAGUGCCCAUCACUGUGCCAUGGCACCUAAGCUUCAUGUUUAGAACACGCCAGACUAAUGCCAUUUUACUGAGAGCUCAAGGCGAACAAAAAUUGGCACUCAAUUUGCAGAUGAGUGAAGGCACUCUCCUCUUGACUGUUGAUGGUCCGUCCAGUCUUUUGUUUGUUUUACAACUUCAUGUGAAACUGAAUGAUGGGGUUUGGCAUCACGUAGCAGUGGAACUUCAGAAAGAUCCUUCAGAUCCCGAGAGCCAGAUCCUUCUACUUCACGUAGACUAUGGGCAGGAUCAGGUGAAAGGUUAUUUUCCAGGUGACCUUGUAGGCACCCUUCUAACCAGUCUGAGUGUUGGUGGCAUGACUGGUGAUAAAGGUGAAAUUCAUCAGGGGUUCCGUGGAUGUGUUCAAGGUGUGCAGAUGGGCAGUUCUCCUGGCUCCCCAAUAUCUUUAGCCAACACAAAGCAUAUGAAUGUUGAUCCUGGUUGUAGUUUUCCCGAUCCUUGUGAUUCCAGUCCAUGUGCUGUGCACAGCUAUUGCAGGGAUGACUGGGAUAGCUACUCCUGUGCAUGUCACCAGGGCUAUUAUGGCGAUAGCUGCACAGAUGCCUGUGAACUUAACCCAUGUCAACACCAGUCUGCAUGUGUCAGACGUGCCGGCUUUUCUCAUGGUUAUUUGUGUGACUGUGCUCUAGGCUACUAUGGACCACACUGUGAACACAGGCUUGAUCAACCAUGUGCCCGUGGCUGGUGGGGUCACCCAGUUUGUGGUCCAUGUAACUGUGAUGUGAACAAGGGCUUUGAUGCCGACUGUAACAAGACAACGGGAGAGUGUCGUUGCAAGGAUAAUCACUAUCGACCAUCAAGUGGUGUUUCCUGUUUGCUGUGUGAUUGUUAUUCUACAGGUUCACUUAGUCGGACUUGUGAUCCAGUGACAGGACAAUGCCCCUGUAAACCAGGGGUCAUUGGACAACACUGUGAUCGCUGUGACAACCCAUUUGCAGAGGUCACCUUAAAUGGCUGUGAAGUCAACUAUGACAGUUGCCCUCGAGCUAUAGAAGCGGAGAUUUGGUGGCAGAGGACACGCUUUGGACUACCAGCUGCUGUUUCAUGUCCCCGAGGUUCUGUUGGAACUGCUGUCCGACAUUGUGAUGAGCACAGAGGGUGGCUACCUCCAGAUUUAUCAAACUGUACAUCCCACCCAUUUCUACCACUCAAAGCAUUGUUAGAUACUCUUAAAAAGAACAUUUCUUUGCUGAGCCCUGCUGUUGCACAGAAGGGUGCACACAAUCUUUUUAAUGCCACCCAGGAAGCAGGAACUUUCCUUGGCAGUGAUGUGCGGGUAUCUUACCAACUGCUAAGCACUAUUCUACAACGACAGAGCCAGGAGAGUGGCUUCAAUUUGGCAGCAACACAAGAUGUUCAUUUUACAGAGAACGUUGUAAGAGCAGGCAGUCAUCUUCUUGAUCUGGGAACUAAACAACAAUGGGACAUUAUUCAAGUAUCAGAGGGUGGCACUGCGUUAUUGCUUCGAAAUUAUGAAACCUAUGUGGGUACCCUCGCUCGCAAUAUGAAGCAAACCUACCUCAAUCCUUUUACUAUUAUUACACCUAACAUUGUUGUUUCGGUAACAAGGUUGGACAAGGUGAAUUUUGCUGGUGCAGUACUUCCACGAUAUGAGACAUUGCGUGGGGUGAAGCCAAGUGACCAGGAAACAGCAGUGAUCCUUCCACAAGCAAAUUUCAUGUUGCAUGAUGCCCAGGUAUCACUCUCUGGGAAACCCUCAGAGCCACCACCAGAUCGGAGCAGGGAAAAGAGAGAGAAGGAGUUAAAGGAAGAAGGGGUGCAUAAAGAUCCCCAGGCUGUGGUGACUGUCAUUAUAUACCAUACCCUUGGGACACUGUUGCCUGAGAGAUGGGACCCUGACAAAAGGAGCCUUAGGGUCCCUAAACGUCCCAUAAUAAACUCCCCUGUGGUUAGUAUUAACAUCCAUGAAAGAGAUGGAGGUGCUCUCCAUCAGCCUAUUACAGUUCAGUUCCGCCUGAGGGAUACCCAGGAUCGAUCCAAACCUAUCUGCGUGCACUGGAAUCACACUCUGCACCUGCCCACUCCUGGAGGUGGCUGGUCAGCCCGUGGCUGUGAGCUGGUUUUUCGGAAUGAGACACAUAUUAGCUGCCAGUGCCAUCAUAUGACCAGUUUUGCAGUCUUAAUGGACAUGUCUCGAAGAGAGAAUGGAGAGGUCCUUCCAUUGCGCAUUAUUACAUACUCAUGCAUAGGUGUGACUCUUGGGUUUCUGCUGCUUACGUUGCUCUUCUUGUGCAUCCCAUGCUCGCUCCGAUUCAACCAGCAUAGUAUCCGUCGUAAUCUCCUACUUGCCCUGCUCUUCUCUCAUCUUAGCUUCCUACUUGGGAUCAACCAGGCAGAUAUGCAGUUUGCCUGCACAAUCAUUGCUAUCCUCCUGCACUUCCUCUCUCUCUGCUGCUUCUCCUGGGUUUUCCUUGAGGUUCUGCACAUCUACCGCAGACUUAAUGAGGUUCGCGAUGUCAACACUGGUCCAAUGCGGUUUUACUAUGCACUAGGCUGGGGUGUUCCAGCGUUCAUAACCGGUUUGGCUGUAGGCCUAGACCCUGAAGGUUAUGGAAACCCUGAUUUCUGUUGGCUGUCAGUUUCCGACACCUUAAUUUGGAGCUUUGCUGGCCCUGCUGCUUUUGUCAUCUCGACUGGUCUGUUCCUGUGUGUUUUAUCUGGCCGUGUGUCAUGUGCAGUAAAACGAGAAGGCUUCCAAAAGAAGGGAACAGCCUCAGGACUCCGUUGCUCCACUCUCCUGUUGAUCCUUGUCAGCGUAUCCUGGCUGCUUGCUCUCUUGUCUGUUAACAGUGACCUGCUUCUCUUGCACUAUCUGUAUGCUGGGGUUGUCUGCGCACAGGGCCCUGUCAUCUUCCUGGUUAGUGUAAUUCUCAGCAAAGAUGUACACAAGGCAUUGAAGCAGAGUGUAAGCAAAAAACAUGAACCUAGUGUCACUACAAAAUCCACUCUGACGUCGUCACAUCCUGGAAAUACAUAUCUUGAUGGGCGUCUCUAUCAUAUGCCGAUUGGUUCUUCCACAGGCUCCCUGCACUCAGGGAGAAGUCACAGCUACCUACCUUUUCUGCUGAGAGAUGAAGCUGGGCUGAAGACUGGCCAGUCAUUAGCAGAGUUAGAGGAUACCAAUGGAAUGUAUCUGGAAGCAAAAGACCAUCACGAAGACUCUGACUCUGAUGACAGUGAUCUAUCCAUGGAUGAUGAUCACAGUUGCUCCUUUGCUUCCACUCAUUCAUCUGACAGUGACGAUGACGGUGAUGAUCUUGAAGUGACCUGCUGGGAAGGCCUUAAUAAUGAGAAAUUCCAGCAAAUUCCUCCAAAAGUGGAUAAUAUUGCUUCUCAAGGCACAAUAGCCAAUGGGGACCUCCGUGUUACAGAACCCAAACUGACAUCACCAAAGAAGACUGGCCCCCCACCGCAGAAAGGAAUCUUGAAGAAGAAACAACGUGCUGCCAUUAAUCGGAUACAUAAUAAGCUUGGGCCCCUUCCCCUAGCACAGGGCCCUCGAACAAAACCAAGCCUACAAGAACAACUUAAUGGAAUAACUCCAAUCCCUAUGAGCAUCAGGACAGACACAGCUGGAAAAGAAUCCUCUGAAUCAGAGUUUCUCUUCUUUAAUUUACUUCAUUAAUUCCAUUGCUGUUCAUUUUGAAUUCAUUGUCAUGCAUGACAUUUUAUUUUUCUUUGUCACGUCUCCCCUUCCUUCCCCACCAUCUUCCAUGAAACUAGGAGUGAUGAGACGUCCAUCUGAACAAGAAAAGAAGGAAUGCUCUAUUAUCUAUUGAAGAUAGAAUAACUAAAAUUCAUGUUGAGAACUCCACUGCGAACCUCUUGUGACUACUAACCCCCAUCCAACAGGGGUGAGACGGAUUCUGUAAUCCAAUAUGUACAGUUUUUUUGCAUCAGGCUGUAAAUAUGAAGCUGCCUUUGUUUGUAUGGAAAUAAAAUAAAAAACUUAGUUUUUUUUC